AGGGCUGGAGGUUCAGGUUCAGGUGGGUACCCUGAUCCGCGCCGCCUUUGGCGGACCCCAAGCCGUAGGAAGUAGCCCUGAAGACCUGAGAGCAAACCCUCCGGGAUGGCCGAGCCGUGGGGGUGGAAAGACGCGUGGACCGCGCGCCGCAGCCCGAGCUCGGGGUGUGACCGCUCGGGGCCGGCCGGGACGCCCUCGUGGUCGAGAGGGACCGCCGGGAGGCCUCUCGAGUGCGCAGGCCCGCGGUGCUGGCCCGCCGGGCUCCUGGCGGAACUGUCCGCCGGCCUGCGCCGCCUCUGUUCUUCAGGCCCCGGCAGUGCCCUUAGCCUUUGGCCCUUCGCGCCGUUUCCGGGAAACGGCGUGUGUCUGGGUGCGGGGCAAGCGUGUCGUCCCCACACCCGGGUGACUGCGCCUCGAGCCACAGCUGGGUCCCGGAUUCGCAGCUGGAGGCAGUGGCUGUGGGGCAUGGAAAGCCAAACUUGCUGAGGACGGGUAGACUGGAGCUCGCUAGAGCUGGGCGGAUACACUUGUGACCUGAAGUCAGCCCUCAGGGCAACGUGCAGUUGUAACCAGCGCAGAAAGCCAGACUCUGACAGCGGGCGUUUAUAGGACAUCAAGCAAAGGAGUGGGAGACAAGCCUCAGAUCCACUCAGACCAGCUCAGAUAAGCCUCCGACCAACUUGAUCUUUGAGGGGAUUUUUUAAAAAGGGGAACAAAGAGGCUGGGAUUCAUCACUGUUUUGUGACAUUUCUGUGACAUUUCUGAAUCUAGUUUCAGGAGUCAGGCUGUCUCUGGUAUACAUUCUCAGGCCAGGCGGUCCAUGGCUGGGGCGUCUGUGAGCUCAUCUUGCCCUGGAGAAACAACCUGAGUGUGUAUUAACGAUGGUGUCUACAAGGGCAAUUUCAGUACAUUAGCGAUGUUAUCAACAGCAGCCAUCUUAGUCACCUGACUCUGGUUGAUUAGUGCUCAGUUAGCACAGGAUUGAGGUCAGAGGGAACAAGAAAGGGAAUAAAGUUUUGGGUGGAGAGACGAAUCAUGAACUCAGUAAGGGAACUCGGUUUUAGGGGGACUUGGUUUCAAUAGCACGGAGAAAUCAGAGAUAAUAUUGCUAAGCAGUGUGGGAAGGAGUUGAGAGGCAGAAGUAAGUGCUUAGACAAGGAAAAGAUAAAUUAUUAACAAAAUGCUUCCUUUUAGAGGCAUCAUGUAACUGAGUUUUUCAUUGCCAAGCACUGUGGCAAACAUCCACCUUCUUAUUUCUCUUCCUGUCCCAUUUCGUGGUCCAGGUGCUCAUGAAGUGUGUGCAGUAUUAUUCAUAGCAGCUGCACGAGGUGGCUGAGGAACAUUUUGCAACAUUAAACAAUUCAUAUCACUCUGAAAUGUAUGUAUUUAUAGGUCUAGAUAUAACAGGAGUGCAGCAUAACACUCUUUACAUUGGUAACUUGGUAUCUAUUGAACACUAGAUUGUGAAUAGUUUUAUUUGUAUAAAAUAAGAUGUAAUUAAACUUUAACAAUGAAAUCAUUAAAUUACUUUGAUUUAUAAAUUUCAAAUGUUUAGACACAUAUUAUUGGCCUCCGUUUGUAUUCGUGCCCAAGUUCUGCAAAUUCAAGGGUGGAGAUAAAAAGAUCAAGUACGUGGGAAUCCCCUGGCGGUCCAGUGGUUAGGAUGCUUUCACUGCUGGGGCCCGGGUUCCAUCCUUGAUCAGGGAACUAAGAUCCCACAAGCUGCGUGGGGAGGCCAAAAAAAAAAAAAAAAAAGAAAGAAAGAAAGAAAAAGGUCAUCUACAAAUGAAGAGCAAAACGGAUAUUUUCAGGUAAAUAAUAAAAUCCAAAUCAGAAUUGAAUACUCAGCAAAACUUUAUUUCAGGGCUGAGGAUAGACUAAAGACAUUUUCAUGCAAAGAGAAACGUUACCAAAACUCUUUACCAAAGGAGCCUCUGUCUUAGUAUGGGCUGCAGUACUGUGACAGGUACCCAAAGGGAAAUGGCUCGAAAGUAAAGGAAGUUUUUUCCUAACCCCCCCAGGGCUGGUGUUGAGGUCAGGUGGCUGCUAUCCUUCAUGAAGUAAUUUAGGGACAAAAGCACAAGUGACAAAAGAAAAAAAUAUAUAAAUUGGACUUCACGCAAAUUAAAAACUUUUGUGUUUCCGAGGAUACAAUGAAGAAAGUGAAAAGCCACCCCACAGAAUGAGAAGAAAUCUUGCAAGUCAUAGAUCUGAUAAGGGUCUUGUGUCUCGAAUAUAUAAAGAAUACUUUCAACUUGCUAACCUAAAAAAUAAAACAGCCAGUUAUUUUACCAGUUUUCUCUAUUUUAUAGAGAAAAAGGAGGAAGUUGGGAGGGGUUGUUUUGAAGAAAAGUCAGUUGGAGGAAAAGGAGAGCUCAGGGUGCUGACAGCUUCUCGUUGGCCUGGCAGCUGCGCCAUCACUUCCCCGUGAGAUGCAGUGAAUCUCCUGUUGGUGAUCCUUCUCCUUAGGUCUGUAACUGACAGUCAGGAGGUACCUGCCUGGGCUUCCCUGGUGGCGUGGUGGUUAAGAAUCCGCCUGCCGAUGCAGGGGACACGGGUUCGAGCCCUGGUCUGGGAAGUUGUGCCACAACUACUGAAGCCCACGCGCGUAGGGCCGGUGCUCCUCAACGAGAUAAGCCACCGCAAUAAGAAACCUGCACACCGCAACGAAGAGUAGCCCCUGUUCGCCCUUGACUAGGGCCUUGACUAGGGCCCUUGCUGCAUGGCCAGUGGCAACUGUGAAGGGAUGGGAAAGCCAAACACAGGACACAGGGUAGUUUCAAAGGUGACAGAGUCAGCUGAUGGGACGACGACAGUGGGGCUGCAACCUGAGAAUGUGGCGGCAGCCAUUGGGCCCCGCUGGCAGCCCAGAGAGAGGCCCCAGUGUGCCCGGAGUGGCCCAGGCCCAGCAAGGAGGCCUCCUGCACUGCAGGAUGAGCACACAGACAUGCUUCUCACAGCCCCACGAGGCUGCUCCAGUAGCUUGAUUUCAGGGGUUACACCAGGGACCUCACUGUGGGCAUACCUGUGAGGGACCCAGAGACCAGUGGUGUAUUUGUCUGUGGAGCUGGGACCCAAGGUCUGCAGGCUGAAGCGUCCCCAGGGUAGACCAGACCACUGGGACGUUGGCAGCAGCCCAGUGACCCCGCUGGGCUUCAGCUUAGCUGAACCUUGGGGGAACCUCACAGGAGGGAGCUACACUGAGCUGGGGACUUUGCUUCAGGUGGCAGAAUGGGGGGUAAAAUUUCCCCCUGCAAACAGGGACACCAGGGUCAGGGUGGCUGCACGCAGAUGGGCUGUUUCAUUAGAGUAGCCAGGUUGCCUGGGGUUUCCUCAUUAGUUGCGGGAUGUCAGGCUGAGUGACAAGGCCAGUGUCUGGCUCAGCGUUAUGGCUGGUCCCAGGCCCAGCGCUUUAGCUAGGAGUUGGCGCUGCUGACCCCGCGCCGCCUCUGGGUCCAGUGGUCACUGCCAUCGCCGAAGGCGCGACUUGGGCUCCCUGCCGGGCUUCGUGCCUCUCCUGCCCUGCGGGGACCGGACGAGGAAGUGGCACUGGGUGACUGGCAGCAUCCUGGGAGGCUAUUCUCUGCAAACAGGGAUUCCAGGAAGGGGACAGCAGGCACAGUUGGAGCGGGCCUCUCACUGUCGCGGCAUCUCCCGUUGCAGAGCACAGACUCCAGACGCGCAGGCUCAGCGGCCACGGCUCACGGGCCCAGCCACUCAGCGACAUGUGGAAUCUUCCCGGACCGGGGCAUGAACCCACGAACCCGUGUCCCCAGCAUCGGCAGGCGGACUCUCAACCACUGCGCCACCAGGGAAGCCCCCAGGCUUAAGGGUGCUUUUAAGGAGCAUUUUGCAGGGAGGCGGGGGCGAGUGACAGGGGAUCAUUAUUUGAUCGACAGUCCCAAGCUCUGUAACAAGUUUACUGCUGCGCAUUCUCUCAUCCUUCAAUCGCUAAGAAACGCCCACGGGGGCGGGGGGCAAAACCAUACAUGGAUUUUAUUAUAAUGAUGGUAUAAUGAGUUUGGGUUUACUAUAGGUUAUACACCUGUCUGGUCUGGGCAUGCGCAGCCCAGGGAAGUUCCCUUGUGUUACUGUGCCCCUCUUUAACAGGAUAAGCUGCCCACAAUAUGACCAUAGUUUCAACUGUUCUGGGUGGGGUCAGGGGAGAGUCCCCAGAUGGUUGGGUGUGACUCGAUUGCUUCUUCUCGUCUUUCUCGCCACUGUCACCUCCUUGCUGCUAAUGUCUGACUAACUACCUAACAAAAGGAGAGCAGAAAUGUAAAGGUGGGAAACAGGAGAGAACAUACGUGAGCAUUCAAGGGCCAGGCUCAGUCUGACAGCCUGAAUUAAGGACUUUAGGAAGAGGUAAGAGUAAACCCUCAAGAGCUUGCUUAGGGAUGAGUCAUCAGUAGAAACAACUGAUUAGUGAAAUAAUCAAUGACAUCAUUUGCCAGGAUUGAAGGAUGGGAGUUUCCAGACUGAGGGCCCUUUGAGUGCCCAACACAGUAACAACCGAGGGACAUGGAAGCACCACGUUGUGAAACUUCAGGAGAAGAUCUUAAAAACUUCCAGGGAGGAAAAUGUCCCCACUGCUUGUAAAGGAUUAGAAAUUAGAAUAGCUGUGGAUUUCUUCACAACACUCCUAGGAGGGAAGAGAAAGGGAGCAAUGCCUUCAGAGUUUGAAGGAAGGAGAUUCUGACCUAGAAUUCUAUGUCCAGGCAAACUACAAAUCAAGUAUGAGGGCAAAAUGAAGACAUUUUCAGCUUUGCAAUAUCUUUAAAAAAAUGAUCUCCCAGACACCUCUUUUCAGCUUCACCAAAACAGGAAAGUGAAUCCAAGAACAAGAAUAUAUGGCUGAGGAGGGCAACACAGGGAGCGAGAAGGGCUCCUCCUGGAGAAGGAGGAACACCCCAAACAGAAAGACUACCUACCCAGCCUGGGAGCUAGCUCCUCUCCCUGACUACCCUCACCCCACAGGGAACAGGUGGCCACGGAAAGUCCACGGAGGCACGGGUGCGCCGUGGUUUGGAGCAGCGGUACCCAAGUGUGGCUGAGAAGGAAUGAUGUGCCCUAACUGGGUUUACAGGGAAGCCUGAGGACCCUUUUAGCAGAAGGCAGGAGCUUUCUAAUCCCUGCAAGGCAGUAGGGGAGACCUGCGGGAACUAGAGGAAUUCUCCAGAAAUGCCGCAGGCUUGAAUAUGUCUUCCUCUCCUGGGGCCGGAGGGGGAGGGGGGACGUAAGACUUGUUUCUCCAUUUACCGUUUAUCUUGAACUUUGUACUUUAUGUGUGCUGCAUCCUGUGUUUGUAGACUUGUGACUGUGUAUAUACACACACACAACACACAAAAGUGUCGUCGCCUGGAGGCUUUCUCCCCGUCCCGCCCUGACAUCUCAGCACCCACCGUCCACGCGCUCCACCGGGUCGGGAGGUGACGGCGCUCGCCUCCGCGUCUGAAGCUAGGAGGCUCCUCCUCCGCCUUCUGGUCGCCGUCCCCACGUCUUCUUAGGAAGGGGACACAACCCGACUGGCCAGCCGGCCGCCCCGAUUCUCCCUCGGUGGGGACGCUUGCCCACACCGGCCGGUACCGGGGAAUACUCACGGACCCUUCUGCACUCGCCCUCGCCCUCCCCGGCGGCCUUCCGCUACCAUCCUAGGGCGUGGGCCAGACCCAUAGGGGCUGCCCCAGGCCCAAACCAGAGGGGCGCGCGGAGCCAAGGGGGGCCGACGCGGGGGUACAGCCUUGCCCCACGCCCCUUGCUCCACCUCCAGUCCCGCCUUCCGCCCCGUGCCGGGCCCCCUUCCUCUUCUGGCCCCACCCCGCGCCCCCAUCCACUUCCGGCCCCGCCCCAAGUGCCCGGCCCCGCCCCGUGUCCCCGCCCCGCGCCCUGAGCCCCUGUCCACCUCUGGCCCCGCCUUCUGCCCCGCCCCGCGCCCCGAGCCCCCUUCAAACUCCGGCCCCGCCCCGCGUCCCGGGCCAACUUCGCGUCUCUUCCCGGCUCUCCGAGACUCCGAGCGGCGGGGACGCGCGGGAACUGCCCGGGACGGCGCGAUGCAGUCGAGUGACCGUCAGGCGGAGGCCCCUGGCCGCGGCCCGCGGGUGCUGGUGGUGGGCGGUGGCAUCGCGGGGCUGGGCGCGGCGCAGAGGCUCUGCUGCCACCCGGCCUUUCCGCACCUGCGGGUUCUGGAGGCCACGGCCCGCGCCGGUGGCCGCAUCCGCUCGGAGCGCAGCUUCGGUGCUGUGGUGGAGGUGGGCGCUCACUGGAUCCAUGGGCCCUCGCAGGGCAACCCCGUCUUCCAGCUGGCUGCCAAGUACGGGCUUCUGGGGGAGAAGGCAUUGUCGGAGGAGAACCAGCUGAUCGAGACCGGGGGUCACGUGGGCCUGCCCUCUGUGUCCUAUGCCAGCUCCGGGGGAAGUGUGAGCCCUGAGCUGGUGGCGGAGAUGGCCAGACUGUUCUACAGUCUCAUAGACCAGACCAGGGAGUUCCUGCAUGCGGCUGAGACCCCCGCCCCCAGUGUCGGGGAGUACCUCAAGAAGGAGAUCUGCCAGCACAUGGCCGGCUGGACAGAGGAGGAGGAGACCAAGAGGCUCAAGCUGGCCAUCCUGAACAACUUGUUCAACGUGGAGUGCUGUGUGAGCGGUACCCACAGCAUGGACCUGGUGGCCCUCGCACCUUUCGGGGAGUACACUGUGCUGCCAGGGUUGGACUGCACCUUUCCUGGAGGCUACCAAGGACUCACAGACCGCAUCAUGGCCUCCCUGCCCAAGGACGUGAUGGUUUUUAACAAGCCAGUGAAGACCAUUCACUGGGAUGGGUGCUUCGAGGAAGCUUCUGCUCCUGGGGAGACGUUUCCGGUGCUGGUGGAAUGUGAGGAUGGAGGCUGCUUCCCAGCGCAUCACGUGGUCGUCACCGUGCCGUUAGGACAGAGUUACUUGGUUGUGCUUUGUAGCAGUCGAGCGCUUUGGAAUAAAGUUUCACAGGAAGAGAAAAUGCAGGGCAGCAAGAGUCUUACUCCUUUUGGAGGUUUUCUUAAAGAACGUCUGGACACCUUCUUUGAGCCACCGCUGCCCACCGAGAAGGCGGAAGCGAUCAGGAAAAUAGGCUUUGGGACCAACAAUAAAAUCUUCCUGGAGUUUGAGGAGCCUUUCUGGCAGCCAGACUGCCAGCACAUCCAGGUGGUGUGGAGGGACACGUCGCCCCUGGAGGACGCCGCCCCCAAGUUGCAGGAUGCCUGGUUCAAGAAGCUUGUUGGCUUUUGGGUCCUGCCUUCCUUCGGGGAAUCCCCGGCUCCCCGCGCCCAGGAGUGUGCUGAGGUCCCGCUGGCACAGUGCCCCAUACACCCGGGGCUCCUACAGCUAUGUGGCCGUGGGCAGCUCCGGGGACGACCUGGACCUGCUAGCCCAGCCUCUCCCUGCGGACGGCAGGGGUGCCCAGGGCUGAAGAAGAUGCAGAGCAGCCUAAAGCUGGUGGACUGUAUCAUCGAGGUCCAUGAUGCCCGGAUCCCACUUUCAGGCCGAAACCCUCUGUUUCAGGAGACCCUUGGGCUUAAGCCUCACUUGCUCGUCCUCAACAAGAUGGACCUGGCGGAUCUGAAGGAGCAGCAGAAAAUUAUACAACACUUAGAAGGAGAAGGCCUAAAAAAUGUCAUUUUUACCAACUGUGUGAAGGAUGAAAAUAUCAAGCAGAUAAUCCCGAAGGUCACGGAGUUGGUUGGGAGCAGCUACCGCUAUCACCGAGGAGAGAACCUGGAGUACUGCAUCAUGGUGAUUGGGGUCCCCAACGUGGGCAAGUCAUCGCUCAUCAACUCCCUGCGGAGGCAGCACCUCAGGAAAGGAAAAGCCACCAGGGUGGGCGGCGAGCCUGGGAUCACCAGAGCUGUGAUGUCCAGGAUUCAGGUGUGUGAGCGGCCGCUGAUGUUCCUGCUGGACACCCCUGGGGUGCUGGCUCCCCGGAUCCAAAGCGUGGAGACAGGCCUGAAGCUGGCCUUGUGUGGAACCGUGCUGGACCACCUGGUGGGCGAGGAGACCCUGGCUGACUACCUUCUCUACACCCUCAACAGGCGCCAGCUCUUGGGGUACGUGCAGCACUAUGGCCUGGGUGAGGCCUGCGACGACAUCGCCAGUGUGCUAAAGCGUGUGGCCGUGAAGCUGAGGAAGACCCAGAAGGUGAAGGUGCUGACGGGCACUGGUGACGUCAACGUUGUCCAGCCCAACUACCCUGCGGCCGCCCGAGACUUCCUGCGGGCCUUCCGCAGCGGGGUGCUGGGCCCCGUGAUGCUGGACCGGGACCUCCUGCAGGGCCCCCCUGCGGCGGAGCCCUGACUAGUCCAGCAGGAGGGCCUCGCGGCUCCACGGCCAGGGGUGGGCACCCGGGAGUCCCCUGUCCACAGGCUCCUUGCUGGUCACUGUAUACUCCCCGGUCUCUGCUCUAGGAAGGAGGCCAUGCCCUCCUGCUGCACAGCCCAGCCCCUGGUUACAGGGGACUGAGCCUGGGUGUGGACAUCAGGGCAGUGGACGUCCCUGGGUUCCUGGCGGGGGGAGGAAACUCACUCAUGUUCAGUAUCUCCUAAAUAUUCUCUUGAGGAGAAGCUGGUGUUUUCUCAGAAGGAGUUGAAAGUGUAAUCUGUAAUUUUAAAAUUAAAAGGCCUGUCUCUG